AUGGCGAAAACACAUUUCAGUAGAGGUGAAACACAUUUGAAAUAUUUCAAGAACUAUUGUUCUCUCCCUCUUUAGUUGAUGGACUUCGACAAAAAUCAGUCUUCCUCAACAGUCAACAUUCUCCUGGCCAUUACAACAUUUUUUGGGAAUUCUCUCAUCACUGUUGCUCUUCGCAAAGAAUCUUUAAUUCCCUGCAUCCGCCGUCCAAACUCUUGUAUCGUUGUCUGGCAACAACUGAUCUGUUAUGGCGGUUUACGAACACUGGAGUCUUUGUCAAUACGAAAAUAGCGCGGCCUCUAUCAUCUGCAAGGCAGCUCCAGAAAAUCCACGGUAAUGAUUAUGUCAUAAGACGAGGAGGAAGAAGUGCAUUAUUAAACCCCAACAUUCACAGGGUCUAG